AUGUUGUCCCAAAAGAUGCUGUACAAUAUUUUGCUGGCCAUGAUGGCUACCUGCAGCUUGACUGCUGCUCAGACCACCACUGAGCAGUACCCCUCUGCUGCAGAGAUCGCCGCUGCCCAAGCCUCCGUUGUUCCUUACUCCCCGGUCUCGAAGGUCCACGGCAAGGUAUUUAGCCGAUUCGUUGAUAUCUGGUUGGAGAAUACCGACCUCGAGACUGCUGAGGCAGAAUCCCACCUUGCCGAGUUGAAGAAGAAUGGUAUCUUCUUGAGCAACUACUGGGCCGUUACUCAUCCAUCUGAACCCAACUACUGCGCUGCAGCCGGUGGUGACCAUUUCGGAAUGGACAAUGAUGACUGGCACCAGAUUCCUAACAAUGUGUCCACCAUUGCCGAUCUUUUCGAUACCAAAAAGCUCUCCUGGGCCGAGUAUCAAGAGGCUCUUCCUUACGCCGGUUACCAGGGUUUCCGCUACCCCGAGUCUGGCCCUAACAACUACGUGCGCAAGCAUAACCCUCUCAUUCUCUUCAACUCUGUGACCGACGACGCUACUCGUCUCCGCCAGAUUAAGAACUUCACCAGCUUCUAUGACGACCUUGACAACCAGCGUCUGCCACAAUACUCAUUCAUCACUCCCAACAUGACCAAUGACGGCCAUGACACCAACGUCGCUUUCAGCGGUACUUGGUCUUACAAUUUUCUGGGCGAGCUGUUCAAGAAUGAAUGCUUCAUGGAGGACACUCUUGUUCUGCUUACCUUUGACGAGAAUGGCAACAAAACCCACCCCAACAAAGUCUACUCUUUGCUGGUUGGAGGUGCCGUCCCUGACCAUCUCAAGGGUACCACCGAUGACACCUUUUAUACUCACUACUCCGUGAUUGCUUCUCUCUCCGCCAACUUUGACCUUCCCUCUCUCGGUCGCUGGGAUUGUGGUGCUAACCUUCUGUCCAUCGUCGCUGACAAGACCGGCUAUAUCAACUAUGACGUGGACACGAGCAACUUCAACUUGAACACCUCUUAUCCUGGCCCGCUGUCCAAUAAGGCCUUCAGCGCGGCUUGGCCCGUCCCAUUGACCACCGGUACUUGCUCUGGCGGAAGGUCUAUCCUUAACACCGUUAAGCAAACCUAUCACGGGCUUAAGCCUACAUACAACUAUACCAGCCCUGUUCCUUACGAUGCUGUCAGCGGAACUGCCGUCGGCGUCAAGUACAGCCGUACAGGACACAACGGCAAGACCGAGUGGUAUGAAACCGCAUAAAGCAUUCGCUUACCUUAGGUUAGGUCUAUAUCUAGGACCCAGCAAGGGACAGAGGAUUGUGAUAUAGAUUUGUAAUUAUUCUAAUUGACUCGACAAAGGCCAUCACAAUUACGGUUAAGAAGUUCUUUGAAGA